AUGGCCGACGGCGCGGACGCGCGGAGCGGCCAGCGCGCGACGUCCCUCAAGGACUACGUCAUCUUGGAGGAGCUCUUCCGCAGCGCCACGGGCGCCGUCUACAAGGUGCGGCGGAAGCGCGACCGGCGCAUCUUCGUCCUCAAGGAGCGGCGCGUCGCCGAGCUCGGCCGCGCCGCGCCGCCGGCCCACGAGGCGCUCUUGUUGGAGAAGAUCGACCACCCGCACGUCGUCACGUGCCACGGCCACUUCUACGACGGAUCGAAGCGCGCGUCCUACGUCGUCCUCGACUACGCCGCCGGCGGCGACCUGCACGCGCUCCUCAAGCGGCGCACGCUCGGCGACCGCGCCUUCUUCCUGCCCGAGGCGUGGAUCUGGCGCGCGUUCGCGCAGAUCUGCGGCGGGCUGGAGCACCUGCACGCGGCGGGCGUCGUCCACCGCGACAUCAAGGCGCUCAACGUGCUCGUCUCGCCGACGACGAAGGCGCCGAACUUGAAAUUGGCGGAUCUGGGCGUCUCGCGCCAGGUCUCCGAGAACACGCAGUUCCUGCGGACCAUGUACGGCACGCCGCUCUACGCGUCGCCGGAGCUCUGCGAGGGGCGGCCCUACAACGAGAAGACGGACAUCUGGAGUUUAGGCGUAUUGCUCUACGAGCUCUGCGCGCUCGCGCCGCCCUUCGGGGGGUCGAACCUCUUAGGCCUCGCGCGGAACAUCGCCGCGGGGACCUACGAGCCCCUGAGCGACCACUACUCGCCGCUCCUGCGCACCGUCGUCGCCCACAUGCUCCGCGUGGACCACGCCGAGCGGCCGUCCAUCGCGCGGCUC